GCUUUAUAAAUAACUCUCUCUCGUGCACUUUUCUCAGUUUAGUGAUAAACGCAGCUAAAGUGGGGCGGCUCACACGGACAGUGCUCAGGAUGUGGUAAUUAAAUUUCUCAGUUUAGUUAGAAUUAAGAUUAAUGUGCUUUUUGUUUGCUGUUUUGAGAAAGACAGAGAGAGAGAGAGAGCUUUUUCGGAAACGCGUUUCAAAAUAAUCCAAGCUAGCAGGCUGAUUAGCUCUGUGUGACUUUUCAUCCACGUACAACAAGAAAACACACACGGAUUGCUGAAGAAACUGCGUUGCCUGGACAGCGAUGGAUUCUUACGAUGUUGAGGAUAACCGUAUAAUGGAAUCGGAACAGAGCGUUAGAGCGUCUCGCAAAGACUCGACUUUGUCUGGGAAACAAAACAGGAAGCAGCGAGAGAAUAACGAGAGCUCGAAAACCAGAACCCGGACCAGGACGCGAGAGAGGAACCAGGACCCUGAUAAGGAUCAGAUCUCUGAUGGAGAUCAGAGCAGCGUCUCGUUCUACUCGGAUGAUUACGAGAACGCCUCACUGUCUGACAAGACCUUCUCAUCACGGUCUCGUUCUCCGUCCCCACACAGAGGAGCGAGGACACAGAGAGUCUCAAGCAGCCCUGUGCGCCCAACAGGAGUGCGCAAGGGUGUACCUCGGCGUUCAGUUCCUCAGACACUACCCCCUAAGCAGCGCUCCAGCGGCCUGCGCUCUCAGAGCCUCAGUAAGGACGCUUCUCCCAAGGACCUGGACCUGGUCACCAAGCGGCUGCUGUCUGCGCGCCUCCUGAAGAUCAGCGAGUUAAAAAACGCCCUGGCUGAGCUGCAGCUGCGCACUGAUGAGCUACAGCGUGAAAACCGUCUACUGAAGCAGCUUCAGCUACGCCACGAGAAGGCACUACAUCGCUACAGCGACACGGAGAGCGAGAUCUCGCAGCUCCUUUCUCGCCACAACAACGAGACGCACGUCCUGCAAGAGAGGCUGAGACGAAGUCAGGAGAAGGAGCGUCUGGCCGAGCGCCGCUGCACCGAGACGGACGCGCAGCUCCAACGCUGCCGAGACCAGCUGCACAAACUGCAGCAGCUCGCAGACAACCAGCAUCUCGGAGAAAGAGACGAGCUGGCACGCAAGCUCGUGCACGCGCAGGUCAAAGUGCAGGAGAGUGAGCGCAGAGUGAAGGUCUGA